GUCCGCCAUAAAUAUGCUUUGAUAGAAUCUUUACGCCCUAUGUGGCAUAUGUACUCUUCCUUUAAAGCCAUAGCCGGAUAAAUCAAAACAAUGAACGACCGGAACACAUCCCUCGUUUGCAGUCUAGAGCAUCUAACGCGUGACGAUGUAGCCUCAGUCGGGGGAAAGAACUCGUCGCUUGGCGAGAUGAUCAGGUCCCUGAGUAACCAGGGUAUUGCGGUGCCACCUGGAUUUGCCACGACCUCGUACGCAUACCGGGAAUAUGUCAAAAGCAAUGGCAUCCAGGAGAAACUGCCCGAGAUGAUCGCGGACUGGCAAUCUGGCAAGGCUACUCUCGCCGAAACCGGGCAUGCAGUGCGCGCAUUGUUCCUUCGCGGCACCUGGCCGGUUGAUUUGGCCUACGCAAUUAUCCAUGCCUAUCACCAGCUUUCAGCAAGCGUCGGGUCGAAAGAUGCGAGCGUCGCUGUUCGCUCUAGUGCAACGGCAGAGGAUUUGCCGGAUGCAAGCUUUGCCGGUCAACAGGAAUCCUAUCUCAAUGUCACGGGUGAACAGGGACUCUUGAACGCCUGUCGGCGUUGUUAUGCCUCUAUCUUCACGGAUCGUGCCAUUACCUAUCGCCAGGCGAAAGGGUUCGAUCACCUGAAAAUUGCGCUCUCCAUUGGGGUUCAGCAGAUGGUUCGCUCUGAUACCGGCGGUGCGGGUGUUAUGUUUUCCAUUGACACUGAAACGGGGUUUGAUAAGAUCGUGCUCAUAAACGCGGCCUGGGGUCUGGGUGAGAACGUUGUCCAGGGCACCGUCAAUCCCGAUGAGUAUCAGGUUUUCAAGCCGCUUUUGGAUGAUGCCCAUCUGGUUCCGAUCAUCGAAAAGAAGCGCGGCGAGAAGGGCAUGAAGAUGAUCUACGGGGAUGACCAGAUGCCAACCCGCAAUGUGCCGACCUCGAAGGCUGAACGGUUCGCAUUCGUGCUCAGCGACACGGAGAUACGACAGCUUGCUUGCUGGGCAUGCAUCAUUGAAAAGCACUACGGAUGUCCCAUGGACAUGGAGUGGGCUAAGGAUGGCAUCUCGGGGAAAUUGUUCAUCGUCCAAGCACGUCCGGAGACAGUACAAUCGCGCCGUGAAAGCACUGCCGUCUUCAAGACGUACAAAGUUCACAACAAGGGACGUGUUCUUACCACUGGCCUUGCAGUGGGGGAUGCUGCUGUGUCUGGCCGCCUCUGCCUCAUCGCAGAUGCCCAAGAUAUCGAACAAUUUAUCGACGGCUCCAUCUUGGUAACCAAAGCGACCGAUCCUGACUGGGUACCGAUUAUGAAACGUGCUGCAGCCAUCAUCACCGACCACGGCGGGCGCACUUCCCAUGCUGCUAUCGUCAGCCGUGAGCUCGGUCUUCCAGGCGUAGUUGGCACUGGUAACGCCACCUAUGUGCUCCACACUGGCCAGGAUGUGACGGUUUCCUGCGCCGAGGGCGACGCCGGCUUUGUCUACAAUGGAAUUUCAGACAUCACUACACAGACAGUCGACCUGGCAGGACUUCCACCUGCGCAGACAGAUAUUAUGAUUAAUCUUGCCAACCCCGCCGCUUCCUACCGCUGGUGGCGGCUGCCGGCUGACGGUAUUGGUCUGGCGCGCAUGGAAUUUGUCGUAGCCAAUGCCAUCCAGGUGCAUCCGAUGGCGCUGGUCCGCUUUGACCAUCUAAAGGAUGUACAGGCCAAGGAGAAAAUCUCGGAUCUAACAGCUGGAUACGACCACAAGCCGAAUUACUUUGUUGACAAGCUCUCGCAUGGGCUUGCGGCACUGUGUGCCGCUGUGUAUCCCAAGCCAGCCAUUAUCCGCAUGAGCGACUUCAAGACGAAUGAAUAUGCGCGCUUGAUCGGCGGUGCCGAGUUCGAACCAACGGAGGAGAACCCGAUGAUCGGUUUCCGCGGUGCGUCGCGCUACUACUCGCCGCACUACAAAGAAGGGUUUGCGCUUGAAUGCCGCGCAAUCCAGGUCCUGCGGGAGAGGAUGGGAUUCACCAACGCGGUGGUAAUGAUCCCCUUCUGUCGAUCGAUCCGAGAGGCCGAAAAGGUGCUGCGCGUCAUGGCCCAGAAUGGCCUCCGGCGUGGCGAGCACGGGCUUCAGGUGUACAUGAUGUGUGAGAUACCGUCGAACGUCAUUCUGGCGGCCGAGUUCGCCGAGCACUUUGAUGGGUUCUCCAUUGGCUCGAAUGAUCUGACACAACUGACCUUGGGCGUGGACCGCGACUCUGGUGAGCUGUCAGAUCUGUUCGAUGAGCAGGAUGCGGCUGUCAAGUGGAUGAUCGCCCGCGUGAUUUCCGAGGCUCGGAAGGCCGGCUGCAAGAUUGGCCUCUGCGGUCAGGCGCCGAGCAACCAUCCGGAGUUUGCGAGGUUUCUCGUGGAGGCUGGUAUCAGUUCCAUCUCUGUGAGCCCUGACAGUUUUGUUGCCGUCAAGAAACAUGUUAUCGCUGCCGAGCAGGCGGAGUCUUCCGAGCUUAAAGGGUGGGAAAAGUAUGAUCUUGGAUAGGCGCGUAGUCCCUCUUUCUACUUCGGAAAGCAGACAUUCCAAUAUUGGAGCUAGCUCACCUAGCCCAGCAAUGGUACUCUACUGAACAUAGCGGGCUUCUCUAACCAUUCGUUGAGCCUGAGUCAAACGUUGCGAUUGCAGUACAAAGGACAUGCAAUACUGUAUUGUUUUCUUACAUACUGACGUGGUACUAAUACAAGAAUGCU